UUUAGUCAUUUCUUUGAAAUUUUACUAAAAUAAAGUCACAUUUAUCGAACUUCUUAAUACAAAUUAUUUAGGACAUCCAAUACAAAAUAAAGUAAAAAGGUGGGGGAAUAAUAAUAAAUAAUAAAAAUAAAUAGAUAACUUUAUUGGAUCCGUUAAGUGACCGUUAUUUGACACAAAUCCUUUUCUGUAACUUUAAAAACUCCGAACGCCCAUUGGCCGAAAGAAGAGCCAUCACUUCAGUCAAAAAGUGACAUUAGGCCUCCAAACAACAAUGUCCACCUCAGCCCCUAUCCUCCACCUCAUCGCCGCCGUGCUCAUCCUCAUCCUCUCCUCCGCCGCCGCCACCGACCACAUCGUCGGCGCCAACAGAGGCUGGAACCCCGGCAUGAACUACACCCUCUGGGCCAACAACCACACCUUCUACGUCGGCGAUCUCAUAUCGUUCAGGUACCAGAAAACGCAGUACAACGUGUUCGAGGUGAACAAGACGGGUUACGACAACUGCACGACGGAGGGGAACACCGGCAACUGGAGCAGCGGAAAGGAUUUCAUUCUUCUCGAUUUGGCCAAGAGGUAUUACUUCAUUUGUGGUACUGGUGGCUGCUCCAAUGGAAUGAAGGUUUCUGUUGUCGUUCACCCACUUCCUCCGCCGCCGGCUUCUUCUUCCAAGGGGGCGGAGCAUUCUUCUGCCGCCGCCGCCGCGGUGGGGCUGCCCGGCGGUGGCCGUGGAUUUGUUAUGUGUGUAUUCUACCUGUCUUUUUGGCUUGGAUUUGGGUGGAUCUAGUGAUGCUGGUGUUUGUAGUGUGACGUGUGUGCGUGAACUUUGGAUAAGCCUUUGUUUCUUUUUUGUUUUUUCCUUUCUUUUUUCCAAUUGUUUCGUUUAUUAAUUUAUUAUAGGGAAAAUUACAGUUUGCAUCCCUUAAGUUUGCACCGAUUUCAUAUUUAGUUCACACUUCACAAUAAGUACAUUUGGUCUUCGCGUUUCAAUAAUUUAACAGUUUUGGUUGUUUCCAUCAA